AUGAAUACUGAAAAUAUAUUAAAUACAAAUUGCAAUAUAAUAGAUAAGGUAUGUAAAAAUUUAAUUGAAAUAUUAGAGAACUUAGAAAAUGUACUUCAUCAUUUGAAACCUUUAAAUGCUUAUGAAAAUAAAGACGAUGAUAUAUUUUCCAAUUUAAAUGAUAAAAGAAAUGAUAUAAUAGUUUUAUCAAAUUUAAUAUAUAAUAAUAUUAACAAAGUUAGAGUUAUGUUACAUAAUUUUAUUAAAACAAUACCUCCUUCUUACACUUAUUAUAAUUCAUUUCAUUAUACAAAUUUUGUUAAACUGAAAGAAAAAAAAGAGAUAGACCAUAAUACUUCAAGUGAUAAUAUUAAUUUAAAUAAUCAACAAAUAACUAGUUCACCUAAUAAUUAUAAAAAUUGUGAUUAUAAUAUAUCUGAACAAACUACUUAUGAAGAAGAAGAACAUUUAUACUUUUCAUUUUUAACAGACUUAGAAUAUUCAAAUUUAUUAUCCAUGAAAAAAUAUGAAGAUAAACUUCGAGAAUAUUUAUCAAAUUCAUGA